AUGCAGCAGCCAUCGCAGCAGCCAUCAUCGCCGCCGCCGCCGCCGCAGCAGCUGCAGCAGCAGCCGCCGCAGAGCGCAUCGCCUGCGGAAUCAUCCAGCAACAACACCAACCCGUCUGCUCAUCAUCAAGGAGACGGCCAGUUUCGACACCAACUCGAGAUCUUGAGCACGCUCGGCGCAUCGAACCCCACCAACGGCGCCGGCGCGCAACCUCGCGGUCCCCAGCAGCCUCCCAACGGCCAGCCGACUCACGGUUAUGCCAACGGCGCGUCUUCGCCUGCACCAGACGGACUGCCCGCCAGCAAUAACAACAACAGCAACAGCAACAACGACCCGGAAGCCCAUAUUCACCCAGACCUCAGGGCCCGAACCAACUUUGCACCACCCGCUACCAACAUGAUGGCCUCCGCUAUGCCCCCUCCUGCCGUCUCACCCGGCGCACCGCCCGCCGGCCCCUCCAUUGCGCCGCCUCCCAUGCAGCAAAUCCAACCUCAUCCCGCCCCUGAUGUCGGCGGCGAUCCAAUGUCCAUCGACGACGGGUCAGCCGAUGGCCGCAAGGCGAAGCGCGAACUCUCCCAGUCCAAGCGCGCCGCCCAGAACAGGGCCGCUCAGCGAGCUUUCCGCCAACGAAAAGAGGGCUACAUCAAGAAGCUCGAGCAGCAGGUUCGUGACUUUAUGGAGAUGGAGUCCCAGUAUAAGCAGCUCCAGUCAGAGAGCUAUGCGCUCCGCGAAUACGUCAUCCACCUACAGUCGCGCAUGCUUGAUACCCAAGGCGAAUACCCCCAGCCCCCGCCCAACGUCAACCUCAACCAGCCCCCACCGCCUCACCUCGCACAGGGUCCCCCGGCGCAUCAGCUCCAAGGCACCGACGCUAUUCCCGGCUCGCAGCCGCCCCACGCCGUCCCUGAGCAGCAGCAGCAGCAGCAGCAGCAACAGCAGCAGCAGCAUCAGCAGCAUCAGCAACAGCAGCCGCCGCAGCAGCAGCCAGAGCCUGUCCAGCAGCAGCCGCUCCCAGCCGCCACCGCGCCACCGCCCCCGCCAACGAACGACUCGGCUGUCGGCACACCCCUCGAGGCCGUUGCGCAAGCCGUCGCCGGUCUCGCAGCGCAGGAACAGAUGGCCGAACGCCAAAACUACCCAGGCGGCAAGGACUAUCGCCCGGACGCGGACGUUGAGAUCAAGGCGGACAUGGAGACCGACCCGCAGCUGCGCGAUGACAGCAUGCAAGCCCCGACCGCCUCGAUGUAG